AUGCCACGCAUACGCGAAAGUGUUGCCUGUGUUUCAUGGCUUUCAUUUUCAUCUUUCCUUCCUUCCUACAUAAAUUCAACUUUCUUUCUCUUAUUUCUUUCAUUAUUUCUUUUUUCUUUCCUUCUUUCUUUCUGUUUUUCUCUUCUUUCUUUCUUUUUUUCUUUCUUUCUCUUCUAUUUUCUUCUUUCUCUUCAUUCUUUCUAUAUUUCUCUUUCUUUGUUUCUUUUUUUCUUUCUUUCUUUUAUUCGGUCUUUAACUUUUUUCUUUAUUUCUUCCCUUAAUUCGUCCGUUAUCUUUUUCUUUCUUUCUUUCUUUUAUUUCAUUUUCUUUCUUUCUUUUAUUCUUUCUUUAUCUCUUUCUGUCUUUCUUCUAUUCUUUCUUUCUUUCUUUCUUUCUUUCUUUCUACUUCCUUCCUUUCAUUCUUUUCAACAUUUUGCUUUCCUACUUUCUUCUGACAUUUUCUUUCUUUUCUACUUCCAAACGCCAUAUUUUCUGUCUUUCAGAUUCCUUCUCUUUUGCUCAUUUAUUCUGUUUCUUCUUCAUUUUUUCAUCACUUGUUCUUUAUUGCAUUCCUUCAAAAUAUUGACUUUCUUUUUCUUUCAUCCUUUUUCUUUUCCACCCAUCUUUAUUACUUAUUUAUUUAAUUAUACCUCCAUUUUCCCUUUCUUUUUUCUUUCUUUCUUUAUUUAUUUAUACUUCAAUUUCCCUUUCUUUCUUUCUUUCUUUCUUUCUUUUUUCCUUGUCUUUAUUUAUUUAUUUAUUUAUUUAUUUAUACCUCCAUUUUCCCUUUCCUUCUUUCUUUCUUUCUUUCUUUCUUUCUUUCUUUCUUUAUUUAUUUAUUUAUUUAUUUAUUCAUACUUUCAUUUUCCCUUUCUUUCUUUCUUUAUUUAUUUAUUUAUACUUUCAUUUUCCCUUUCUUUCUUUCUUUCUUUCUUUCUUUAUUUAUUUAUUUAUUUAUUUAUUCAUACUUUCAUUUUCCCUUUCUUUCUUUCUUUCUUUCUUUAUUUAUUUAUACUUUCAUUUUCCCUUUCUUUCUUUCUUUCUUUAUUUAUUUAUUUAUACCUCCAUUUUCCCUUUCCUUCUUUCUUUCUUUCUUUCUUUCUUUCUUUUUUAUACCGCCAUUUCCCUUUUCUCUCUUUCUUUCUUUCUUUUUUCUUUCUUUCUUUCUUUCUUACUUUUUUCUUUCUUUCUUUCUUUCUUUCUUUCUUUCUUUCUUUCUUUCUUUCUUUCUUGUUUCCUUCAUACUAUUUAUAUCCUUUUCUUUUUCACUUUCUUCUUGCUCUCUUUUUCAUUUUAUUUCCCCACCUAUUUUUAUUUCUUCUUUUUUUCCUUCCUUAUUUCCUUUCAGAUUUGACUCCUCCCCUUAAUUUCCUCUUUCUUCUCUUUCCUUUUUUCCAUUCUUAA